ACGUAGCAAAACAACCGGGGGUCGAUAGGGCUUUUUUCCGGUUCGAGAAAAGGACAUCGAAGGAUAGGAAGGCGAAAGAGAGGGGGGAGGGAAGAGCUACACUCUUAUUUCCUCUAAAUCUUGCUUUGUUUGUCCCCUCGAACCCUAAUCCUAGCAAGAGGAAGCAUCCUUGGGAGAUUCCUCAUCUUGAACGGUAGAAAGGAGAGGGGAUUUUUCUUGUACCAUAUAUAUUGGUAGAAGGGAUGGCGCCGGGUCAAUGAGGGCAGCAGCAGUUUCGGUACACGCAGACGCCGUCGAAGGUGCUGCACGUUCGAAACCUGCCAUGGGAGUGCACGGAGGAGGAGCUCGUUGCCCUCUGCGAGCCCUUUGGCAGGAUCGUCAACACCAUGUGCAACGUCGGCGCCAACAAGAACCAGGCCUUCGUCGAAUUCGUGGACCUUAACCAAGCAAUUUCAAUGGUAUCGUACUAUGCUUCUUCGUCUGAGCCAGCCCAAGUCCGUGGAAAAACUGUCUAUAUCCAGUAUUCUAACAGGCAAGAAAUUACAAAUAACAAGAGUGGUGGUGAUGUUCCUGGGAAUGUCUUGCUUGUCACUAUUGAAGGUGUUGAAGCUGGUGAUGUAAGCAUAGAUGUCAUUCAUUCGGUGUUUUCUGCCUUCGGUUUUGUGCAUAAAAUUGCCACAUUCGAAAAAGCUGCUGGGUUUCAGGCAUUAAUCCAGUACACGGAUGCAGAGACUGCGGCAAGUGCAAGAAAUGAGUUGGAUGGAAGAAGUAUUCCAAGGUACUUGCUCCCUGAGCAUAUUACAUCUUGCCAUUUGCGUAUCUCAUAUUCAGCCCACACAGAUUUAAGUAUCAAAUUCCAGUCGCAUCGGAUCAGGGAUUACACAAAUCCCUUUCUUCCUGUGAAUGCGUCAGCUAUUGAGGGAACUCUGCAGGCUUUGCCAGGUCAUGAUGGAAAGAAAAAGGAGCCGGAGAGCAAUGUUCUUUUAGCUUCUAUAGAGAAUUUGCAAUGUGCUGUGACAGUUGAUGUUCUUUAUACAGUCUUCUCUGCUUUUGGUAUUGUGCAGAAAAUUUUAAUUUUUGAGAAAAAUGGUGGCAUGCAGGCCUUGAUACAGUAUUCUGAUGUGAUGACUGCGUCAGUUGCCAAGGAGGCUUUGGAGGGACACUGCAUCUAUGAUGGUGGUUACUGUAAGCUUCAUCUGACAUACUCUCGUCAUACUGAUCUCAAUCUUAAGGUGCAUAAUGAGAGAAGCAGAGACUACACUAUUCAGGACACUGGUGUACCAAUGAUGUCCCAAGCUCCUGGUUUACCCACCACUUCUGGGUGGCAAGUUUAUCCCCAGCCAACAUCCACAUACGUGGGCAGUGAUUUUGGAGCUACAGGACAAGCAACAAAUCCUCAGGGUCAAAUGUUGACAUGGAAUUCUAGCACGUCAGGUGGAAGCUUUGUUUCAGAGCCUAACUUGUACCCAGGUCAAACCAUUGCAACUGCUCCUGUUUCUCAUUACCCAGUUUCAGCAAACACCUCCAGUGCUACUGCUGGGUCACUUCAAGCUUCACAGAACUCAUCACCUUAUGUUGUUACGUUGAAUACAAGGCCUGCUUCUUCACCAACCACUCGACCUUUGUACUACAGUUCAUAAGCUGCAUCUUCUGACAAUUCUCUAGGUAUCCAGACUCUCCCAUCAGUGAAGUUGCCAUGAGAUUUAUGAUACUCUGCACCAGUCUGCUCUUUCUCGGCUUCACUCAAGCUAUGGAACUUUGGAACUGCAGAAGAUAGCCUACUGCUAGGUCUAUAAUUCAAUUGUACAACAUUAGGCUUUUGUGGUUUGAUGUGGUGACUGGAUCUGCCUAGAAGAACAUGUUAUUUCUUGGGUUCUAAAUGAUUAAAGCCGCACUUCCAGCUUCAGAAAGAUGUUUUCCCUUCAUGUUCAAAGUCUAUGGAUGUGUCAAUUGUCGAUAACAUUAUCGAUUUAAAUCUGCGAUCCAGAUGAGUAGUUGCUUCU